AUGGGGCUGUUGUCUAGAAAAGCCACGUGCAACUCGCAUGGCCAAGAUUCGUCUUACUUCUCAGGCUGGGAAGAAUACGAGAAGAAUCCUUACGAUGAGAUUACAAAUCCUAAGGGGAUUAUUCAAAUGGGUCUAGCAGAAAAUCAGUUAUGUUUUGAUGUGGUGGAGAAAUGGUUGGUGGAGAAUCCAGAUGCAGCUAGUUUUAAGAGAGAUGGGAAGUCUAUUUUUAGAGAACUUGCUCUUUUUCAAGACUAUAAUGGCUUGCCUGCAUUCAAAAAGGCAUUGACAGAGUUCAUGUCGGAAAUUAGAGCAAACAAAGUAACGUUCGAUCCCAACCACAUAGUUCUCACCGCUGGUGCCACGUCAGCUAAUGAGACUCUUAUGUUUUGCUUGGCUGAACUUGGUGACGCUUUUCUUCUACCUACUCCCUACUAUCCUGGAUUUGAUAGAGAUUUGAAAUGGAGAACUGGGAUAGAAAUCGUACCCAUCCAAUGCUCCAGCUCCAAUGGCUUCAAAAUAACAGAGGCAGCACUGUUAGAAGCUUACCAAAACGCCCAAAAUCUUAACCUCAAUGUCAAAGGUGUACUCGUCACAAACCCAUCAAACCCAUUAGGAACUACAAUCAGCACUCAAGAACUCAACCUCCUACUCCAAUUCAUUGCAUCCAAGAACCUCCAUCUAAUCAGCGACGAGAUUUACUCUGGCACAAUUUUCAGAAAUCCAGGCUUCGUGAGCGCUAUGGAAAUCCUCAACCAAAACUACAAACAUAACCACCAAAUCCGAAAACAAGUUCACAUUGUUUACAGCCUCUCCAAAGAUCUCGGCCUGCCUGGGUUUCGAGUUGGAGCCAUAUAUUCGAACGACGAAGUAGUAGUGGCUGCAGCGACAAAGAUGUCGAGCUUCGGAUUGGUUUCGUCGCAAACGCAGUACCUUCUAUCGGUAAUGUUGUCGGACAAGAAGUUUAGGAGGAAGUACAUAAAGGAGAAUCAAAAGAGGUUGGCAAAAAGGCAGAGAAUGCUGGUGAAUGGGCUGGAAAAGGCGGGAAUUAAGUGCCAUAAAGGGAAUGCAGGGUUGUUUUGUUGGGUGGAUAUGAGGCAUUUGUUGGGAGCCAAUACGUUUGAGUCAGAAAUGGAGCUUUGGAAGAAGAUUGUGUUCGAGGUGCGCUUGAACGUGUCGCCCGGACAGUCAUGCCAUUGCUCCGAGCCCGGUUGGUUCCGAGUUUGUUUUGCCAACAUGUCCGAACCCACUUUGGAUCUCGCAAUGCAGAGAUUGAAGGCUUUUGUGGUUGACUCCACCGCAACUUCUCCCUGUAAUACUAAUUCCGUUACUGUAAAAACUACUCCUUCAAACCAACUCGACACGAAGAGGAAGUCGGUGGCUAAAUGGGUUUUUCGGUUAUCGGUUCAAGAUCGCGCUAGCGAACCACGUGAUCGAUAGCUUGGUGCAAACAUAUUUUACCCAUUUAAUUUUUUUUACCUCUUUGUGUUUUUUUUCCCUUCUUCUUUGUGGGGGGAGGAAUUUGAA